AUGCCAGACGGGGUGCCAUUAUUUCUUUCCUUACCGCUAUAUAUGCUUCGUUUUUUCCUUGCUCCAUACUCCACCGAGGAAAUAUCAUUGAUGUCUUCUUGUGAUGUUGUGGGAAGGCAGCCAACAACAAAGUCCAUGUGGCUGACAAUUCUCACAUUGCUUCGCGUCUUGCACAACACAACAUCAAACGUUCAAUGCUCAGGGAAAUAUGACCGAAAUAUUUUCAACAACAAGAAUUGCAAACAAGAAGAAGUCAAUAAAGUCAAUGAACGCAAAUUAGCAGUGACAUUAACAGCUAAUUACGAAUAUUUAAGAAAAUAG